AUGACCACAGCAUGCGCGACGUGUGCCUCGGCAUACGAUAGUCCACUUGAUCCUGCCUCCGAGAAACCUCUUUUGCCCGGGCGAGAUCUGGAUUGCUGCGGGAGAUCCAUCUGCUCUCGUUGUUUAACCCAGAAUAAGCGCUUCAACUCGUAUUGCCCCUUCUGCCAGAUCUCCACGGAGCCAUCGCUGCUACCCCAAGGCCUUAGAGACCCUCCAGCGUACUCAGCGCUGGACGACCAGAGAUACAAGGCACGUCCGAAUGACGACGAACUCCCUGCGUAUUCGGAACACCAGGCUGUGCAGCCACCGUCAGAGAAGCCAAAACAUGACCAGCCAGCGGAGGAUGUCCUCCACUUUGUAACGCCUGACGAUAGUGUGAAUGCGCUUGCCUUGGCCUACGGCGUGCCUGUCAACGUGCUGAGAAAGACGAACAAUAUAUUUUCCGAUCACUUGCUGCAGGGUCGAAAGACGAUCUUGAUACCAGGCGAACACUACAAGGGCGGCGUGUCAUUGUCGCCACAGCCCCUGGAGGGCGAAGAGGAAGAAAUCAAGAAGAACAAGACCAGAAGGUGGAUGGUGGCCUGUAAAGUGGCAGAGUAAGCAAUGAUGCUCGCCGAAAUCAAUACGCUCUUGACUGAUAUCUUGCUAACAAGUGUGACACCUUCUCUCAGAUACGAUGUAGCCCUUCUUUAUCUCAAACAAGUCGACUGGAACCUCGAAGCGGCCACCGAAGCCUUCAAAGAAGAUGAACGUUGGGAGAAAGAACACCCACGGGAGGCAAAGCAAAAGAUGAAGAAGGGCAAGAGUGCGAAAGAUGCAGGAAUGAGAAGAUUUGUUGGUGGUAGUGGCAGCGCACGAUGA